CUCACCCCUCCAUCGCGCCCGGCUCCGCGCCGCCCCAGCGCCCGCGCGCUUCCGCCCGAGGCCGCGCCCCCGGAAGCGGCCGCGCAAGAGCUCUAGUGGACCAUGAGCACCUCCAAGCUUUACACCUUGGUAAUGGUCCUGCAGCCCCCUCGCAUCCUGCUCGGCAUGAAGAAACGUGGCUUUGGAGCUGGCCGCUGGAACGGCUUCGGGGGCAAGGUCCAGGAAGGCGAGACCAUCGAGGAGGGGGCCAAAAGGGAGCUGCAGGAGGAGAGUGGUCUCACCGUGGACAGCCUGCACUGGGUGGGCCACAUCACCUUUGAGUUCGUGGCUAUGCCUGAGCAGAUGGAAGUACACAUCUUUUCUACCGACAGCUUCCAGGGGACACCAGUGGAGACCGAGGAGAUGCGGCCGCAGUGGUUCCAGCAGGACCAGAUCCCCUUUGAAGACAUGUGGCCCGACGACAAGUACUGGCUGCCGCUGCUGCUGCAGGGCAGGAAGCUCCAGGGCCACUUCAAGUUCCAGGACCAGCACACCAUCCUGGAGCACACGCUCUGUGAGGUGGACACGCUCCAAGCAAGGUGA